GCGGCGGGGCGCGCUGGCCAGGGCCGGGGCUGCGGCGCUGCUGGCCGGGGCCAGCUGCCUGUGCUACGGGCGCUCGCUGCGGGGCGAGUUCGUGCACGACGACGUGUGGGCCAUCGUGCAUAACCCCGACGUGCGGCCCGGGGGCUCGGCCCGCGGGAACCUCUUCGCCAACGACUUCUGGGGCAAGGGCAUGGCGGACAGCACCAGCCACAAGUCCUACCGGCCGCUGUGCGUGCUCACCUUCAGGCUGAACGUGUACCUGACGGGCAUGGACCCCUUCUACUUCCACGCCGUGAACGUGCUGCUGCACUGGCUGGUGAGCCUGGUGCUCAUGCACGCCUGUGACACAGCCGUCUUCAGGGAUCCUGCACGCGCCUUCCUCACUGCCCUGCUCUUCGCCGUCCACCCUGUGCACACGGAGGCGGUGGCAGGGAUUGUUGGCAGGGCUGAUGUGCUGGCGUGCCUGCUGUUUCUGCUGGCCUUUCUCUCCUACGACAGGAGUGUGGCCCUGAGUGGCAUGGGAUCAUGCGUCCCCCCUACAGUGUCCCCCUGCUGCCUGCUGCUCAGCCUGUCCCUAGGGACCUGUGCCAUGCUGGUGAAGGAGACGGGUGUCACCGUGUUCGGAGUCUGUUUGGCCCAUGACCUCUUCUCCCUGUCCCACAAGCAUGCAGAGCCAGCCCUGACAGCUGGUGGUCAUCGAUCCCUGCUCAGCCUCAGGCCGUUCCUCAAGAGGGCUGCACUGGUCAUAAGCUACGUCACUGUCAUCCUGUCCCUUCGGCUGUGGAUAAUGGGAGGGUCAUUGCCACUCUUCUCUGAGCAGGACAACCCUGCCUCCUUCUCGCCUUAUUUCCUCACCAGGUUCCUCACCUACUCCUACCUCCUGGCGUUCAACAUGUGGCUUCUGCUGGCACCUGUCACGCUGUGCUACGACUGGCAGGUGGGCAGCAUCCCGCUUGUGGAGAGCCUCUGGGAUGCCCGCAACCUGGCCAGCCUGCUGCUGGCACUUGGCCUGGGUGCAUUGAGCCUGCACUGCCUGGAGGCCUACAAGAGGCUGGAGCGCAGGGAAGCACUGCUGGGUCUCCUGUUCCUCGUCCUGCCCUUCCUCCCAGCCAGCAACCUCUUCUUCAGGGUGGGCUUCGUGGUGGCCGAGCGGGUCCUGUACAUGCCCAGCAUGGGCUACUGCAUCCUGGUGGUGCAUGGACUGAGCAAGCUGAGUGCGGGCCUGCCUCGGGCUGGGGCAGCCCUGACUGUGUCUACGCUGCUGUUGCUUCUGCUUUUCUCCUGGAAGACGGUGAAACAGAACGAAGCCUGGCUGUCCCGGGAGGCACUUUUUAGGUCUGGCGUCCAGACUCUGCCACACAAUGCCAAGGUUCACUACAACUAUGCCAACUUCCUAAAGGACCAAGGCCGUGAUCGUGAGGCUGUCUACCACUACCAGACGGCCCUCAGGUUGUACCCACGCCAUGCCAGCGCCCUGAACAACCUUGGCACUCUGACCAAAGAUGCAGCAGAGGCAAAGACCUACUACCAGCGGGCCCUGGAGCUGAACCCACAGCACCAUCGUGCGCUCUUCAACCUGGGCAACCUCCUCAGGUCCCAUGGUCAUAGAGAGGAGGCCGAGGCCUUGCUGAGGGGCUCCAUCAAGUAUGGCCCUGAGUUUGCAGAUGCCUACUCCAGCCUGGCUUCCCUGCUGGCUGACCAGGAGAGACUGAAGGAGGCAGAGGAGGUAUACCAGGCUGGGAUCAGCAACUGUCCUGACAGCUCUGACCUGCACAACAACUAUGGAGCCUUCCUUGUGGACACAGGCUCCCCCAAGAAGGCCGUGGCCCUCUACCAACAGGCCAUUGAACUGAGUCCAGGCCACCAUGUUGCCAUGGUCAACCUAGGUCGGCUGCACCGGUCCCUGGGCGAUAGUGGCACAGCUGAGGAGUGGUACAAACGCGCCCUGCAGGUAGCCCGCAAGGCUGAGAUCCUAUCACCAUUGGGGGCACUGUACUACAACACAGGCCGCCAUGAGGAGGCACUCCGGGUAUACCGGGAGGCAGCUGCCCUCGAGCCAGGACAGCGUGAGCCCCGCUUGGCACUGGCGCAGGUGUUGGCUGUGACAGGCCAGACGGAGGAGGCAGAGCGGAUGACUCGCCAGCUGGAGGCAGAGGAGCCAGGCUGCCUGGAGUGCUACCGCCUGUUGUCGGCCAUCUACGGCAGGCAGGAGCGUCAUGACAAGGCUUUGGAUGCCAUUGACAAGGCUCUGCAGCUGCAGCCCCAGGACCCCAAAGUGACAUCAGAGCUCUUCUUCACCAAAGGGAACCAGCUACGGGAGCAGAAUUUGCUGGACAAGGCAUUUGAGAGCUACAAAGCAGCUGUGGAGCUGAAUCCAGACCAGGCCCAGGCCUGGAUGAACAUGGGCGGGAUCCAGCACAUCAAGGGAGAUUACGUGGCGGCCCGGGCCUUCUAUGAUCGGGCCUUGCAGUUGGUGCCACACAGCCGGCUGCUGCAAGAAAACCUAGCCAAGCUGGACCGUCUGGAGAAGCGACUACAGGAAGUGGGAGAAAAGGAUACGUAGCAUUGGGUACUCAUAGGCCAGGGUAGUGCUACCCACAACCCAGCUCCCCAUGCAGGGACCAAA